AUUCUAGCGCCUGUACAGGCUUUUGUUGGUUCCCUCUCCUUGAGGCUGGCAUCCUGGGCGCCGGAGCGCUUUUGCCGCUGCACACGCCCAAGUUAAGAACCGCGCUGCCAGUCUCAUUGAAGUUCACUCGCAGUACACCAGCAUCGCCCUCUCCUCCUACCCCCCCCCUGCGCUCCUCCUCAGACACUCUCAUAUUUUCUGCUCAAAGGAUUCUCUCGUCUUAAUCACUUUCUGGUCUGAUAGUGUGCAUGUGCGUUGAUGUGUAUAAUGUUGAGAUUGACCAACUCGUUGCGGCGUACGUCUGCCUGGUGUGAGGUUUCUCGAUAGGGUAAGUCUUGGAGACUGCCGAGCGUCAGGUUUGUUGCACGGUGCGUGAAUGGUAUUGGAUUUCGCUGGACCUUGGCGAAAGGUGUAGGUACGGUGGAUACAGGUUGCAGAAUUGGUGCCCAGCAGCUUGGGAGCAGCAGAUGGCAGAUGAGUGAAUCUGGACCAACAUUGUGAGGCCGAAUUAGACCUUCGCAGCAACCAUGUUCAACAAACUCAGCAAGUUUCGAUCCGGGGCACGCGGUCAUGCGCAGACGGACAGUAUCGACUACAGCAUCGAUACCAAGUCUCCGAGAUAUAGCAACGGUGUCAAGAAGGCCUCCAAGAAAAGUGCGCUGAGAGGCGAAGAUUUUGGUCAUUUAACAGACUCGGAGGUUUACUUUGCGGAAAGCCUGUUUCCUGUCAAGACGAGCAGCCCGGCACCGGUUAGGAAGCUGCAACGUAGUAGCCACACCAUUGACACUUCGCUACUACCAGCUGUGCUUGACAUGUACGAUAGGUCGUCCCCGAGGAGCCCUGUGAGCACUACUUGUGCCAAAAGUUACGAAAUUAUCAAGGAGCAGUCUCAGCCAAUAAGUAAGAAGAGUUGGAUAGCAGAAGUGACAAGUACACAUCAUUCCAAUGGAGACAGCAGAAGGAAGAGUUGUGAGCCUGUUUUGAGGUUCAGAUCUCAGAACGGCGAUAGAAACAAUACUGUGGCUUCUGAUUCGACAUUCAGCAGACGCGACAAUUCUAGCAGGAGCUGGACAACCGAGUCUACCUCAGAUGAAGAAAACAUUGACAGAUCGAUGUCGUCUGCCUUCUAUAAAUCUGACGGGGAUGAUGAUAGCUCCGAAGCAGCAGAUUACGCCGAUGCAGAGGAAAAGUUCCUUCAAACUAAUCCGGAUUACUUUGAGAUUCUCUCUCUGGAGAACGUACGUCGUGAGCAGUACCCGAAGCUGUCCCUGAACAAACAUGUAUACAUGGAUUACGCAAGCUUGGCGCUCUCUUCACGAUUCCAGAUAGAAGAGCACAUGAAAAUCGUCACGGCACAAGGUCAUAUGUUCAGUGGGGGACCUGGCUCUUCAGAUGAAUAUGCCGCAAUGGCUCAAGGACGACUUCUGCAAAUGUUUAAGACCAGUAGAUCGGAAUACAGUGUCGUAUUCACUACUGGCUUGAACGCUUCUUACCGUCUGGUCGCGAAUUCGUAUCCUUUCCAGAAAGGCAGUCCGAUUCUGGUCUGUCAGGACAUCCAUGAUUCCGCCAAUCAGCUUAUCGCGGCUGCCUUAAAAUGUGGAGGAAAGCCUGUGUUGGCUCCCCUUGAGGAGACUGACCUUACAAUGGCAAAAUCAACUAUUCGGCCGCUAAUGAAGCGCCACAUAUUUCAAUCAGCUGGAAGCCUCUUUGUGUAUCCUGCGCAAUCAAGCAUCACCGGUAUUCGGCAUUCAAUGCACUGGGUCAACAAGGCGCACAAAUCUGGCUGGCAUGUGCUCGUCGACGCAUCAACGCUGCUUCCAACCGGAACAUUGAAUCUGUCUCAACAUCAACCAGACUUUGUUCUUGGAUCUUUCCAAAACAUCGUUGGGUAUUCAUCUGGCAUGGGUUUCCUGCUGGUCCGAAGGGCAAGCUUUUUGGUAAAUCAUGUCCCACACUCCAACGCAAUCACACUUUCUACGAAGGGGUCUUCUACACAGGGAAAGGAUGUCUACAUUGUUGCCGAAGAUGAAAGCCUCUCAAAACUCUCAUUCGCCUGGCUUGAGUUGGGCCUACAACACUUACAGUCUAUUGGACUGGAUGUGAUAAACACACGUGUUAAGGCGCUCGCGACCUGGAUGGUACAGAAGCUGAAGGGGUUGCGUCACAUUGACCCUGACGACUGGAGCUUGUUGAACGUCUACAGUCCCUACAUGGCAGAAAACCGCGGUAAUAUCAUCUCGUUUAAUGUCCUGGACAGCACAGGGGAGGUUAUCAUGCCAUCGCUGGUGCAGCGAUUGGCAGCUAAGAACCAGAUCACGCUGGCAGUGGGGUCCUUCAACAACCCUGGCGUCGGAAACCUUCUUGGACCAGCGAAGCAGAGAGUACGAAAUAUCAGUGUGUUUGAGCGACCUCCGGAGUUUGAAUGUGUUCAAGUCUCUCUUGGGCCUCUGUCCAACUUUGAAGAUGCCUAUCGAGUGGUACACUUCUUGAGCCUAUUUCGCAACCAAGACUACGUCUCGAUGGAGGCCCUUGGCUUCAUGAAGGAUGUGAAUUAAUCCCAGACACAGGAAUCCGCGGUUCACUUUUAAAAGUAUUCUUUUAUGCUGCUGGAGACGGCGAGGUUUUAAUCCCAUGUUCCACUCGAGGUUUUAAUCCCAUUUUUCCGCCACUCUUCCAGCGUCUAAUGUCUCCGGGAAGGUUUUCAAGAUCUCGACACCAGAGCUGGCGGUGUCAUUCUAUGUGCACGUACAUUAACAGUCAUAUUUUUUCGUGUACUAUCCUGAUAACCCUUCAACAUGUUUCUCAAACUGGAGCACUUUUUACAGCAUAGCUCUCGAGAGAACACCACUUUAGACAUGUGUCGCUGUUUUGUCACCGAUCCGCCAGAUCUGAGCUAUUGUGUAUUUUGCUUACUGGCACAAUAGGAGAUCACCAACAACUGGAGUCUUAACCCAGUAGUGUGCCUAAUCGGCAGCAGAAGUACCUUGGUAGACGGUUACCUUUGUCAUAAGAUUUCAGUCGGGAGGCAGCAAGCAAAAUGAUUCACCUUGCAACGAUGUUCCCUUAGGUACCCUGAAAUGAGUAUAGCUUGUGGAGGCGACACACGUCGUAAAUAAACGCAUGAUUCGUAGGACUGUAAGUCUAGCUUCGAGACGGGUAGUAUAUGGCAAGAUUCAGUUUUUUAAUCCUUUGUAAAAUUGUGGUUCAUUGUACCAAUACUGAAGAGCAAUCCAGCUCGAAAUCUGCAAGCUCAAAAUUUACAAGAUUUUCGUUUA